CUCAACUGCGUCUUUCUAUUCCUUGAUAGAUGAAGAAUCUACAUCAGCAUCAGCAAAGGCAGUGAAGUCAUUCAAGAUAUUCAGUCAUGAUUCCUGGCCAGAGCAACGAGAGCUGACAGACUAUGGUGCAGAGGAGCUGGACUUCCUGCUAGACCACUUCAACUCUGUCUUAACAAGAAAUGGCUGUGAUUCCAAUCUGGCUAGAGAGGAGUAUCAAUCCAUGAAGACAUUCAUCUUUAGGAACUACAUGGACAAGUCUUACCAUGCCUUAUGGGAGAUGAUGGUAACAAAGUUGCCAUUCUGCUCUGAUUACAAGAACAUCCUACAUCUUGUGCACAUCAUGCUGGUCCUCCCAGUCUCCUCUUCUGUAUGUGAAAGGGGAUUUUCUGCUCAGAAGAGGAUUAAAUCUGAUGUCAGGGGGUCCCUGCAUGUGGACACUGUGGAGGACUUGAUUCGAAUUAGCAUGGAGGGACCUAGUUUACAAGAGUUUGAUGCCAAGGAAGCUGUACAAACAUGGAUCAGUCAGGGUAAAAGGUCUAGGAGGCCAAAUUACAAGGGCUGGCCUUCUGAGCCUCCUAGUGGACCACAGGAGGAUCUUCUCUAAGGGGGAGUGAGUAAAGGCACACGUUGUUUUGGCCUACUUGUUCUAGUGGAAUGUUAUUGGCCAGUGCCCCUAAUGUUUACAUACGUCAAGUAUCGUUUGUAACUUGUUACUAGGCACUUUUUCUGAAUGUAUCUAUGGUAU